AUUAAAAUGACUUCCGUGGAAGGAGUCGUGUUAAAAAACAAGAAGUACGAACUGGUGCCACCAGAUGGAGGCUGGGGAUAUAUGAUAGUUCUGGCUUCAGUCAUUAUAUUUAUUGCCACAAUAUCCUUUUUACCAUUUUUCGGCUUACUCUACAAUGAUUUUCUCAAAGAGAUUGGAGUGAGUUCAACCGAAGUGACCGUGGUCAAUGGAGUCUGCGCGCUAUGUUUGUCUAUAGGAGGCUUUUUAACGAGUCCGUUACUCAAAGUAAUGAACUUUCGCACGCUAGCAAUAGUAGGUGCUAUAGUAUUUAAUAUUGGCUCAUUUCUACUCCUGUUUUGUAAAUCAAUUUUACCUUUCAUCAUUUGUAUGGGCAUUUUUCAGGCAACAGGAAUGGGUUUAUUAUACAAUCUAAGUUUCACAAUACUCAACGAUUAUUUCGUACAAAGACGCCUCUUUGCUUUUUGCACGAGUCAAACUUUAACAGCGAUAUUCGGCAUGUUCGCGCCACAACUGAUACUAUCAUCUCUGGAUGAGUACGGGUACCGAGGUACGUUACUUCUAGUGUUGGCCAUUGGAUUGCAGACUUUCGUUGGAGUUGCUCUUUUCCAGCCUGUUGCUUGGCAUAUGAAGAAAGUCAAAUUACCGACUGUAGAAGAGGUAGAAGCACGUUUGUUAAAGGAAAACAUUGACAGUAAUACUCCAAUGGUAAAAUUAAAAGAUUUAGCGGAAACCGAUGAGGAACAAUCGACUAUCAAAUCAGACAUUGACAAUAAUGAUGCUAAGAAGUCAGGGUUUAUGAAAGUGCUGAAAGAUUUAUUUGACGUACCGACACUAAAAUUGGUUGUGACCUCAGUAACUUCGUGGGCUGUGGGUAUUACAAUGUUUGCGGACUUUACUUUUACAAUGAUGAUGCCUCAGGCUUUGUAUGCUGCUCAGUGGUAUGACAAAAAUGUGGCUACGGCCAUGUCCAUAGUCGGCUUCGGUGAUUUAGCUGCAAGAAUAGCAUUUGUAUGUCUAAGCAACAUCUUACACAAGAUCGGCAAUGCAGAGUUAUAUAUUAUUGGAUUGUUUAUCUCUUCGGUUGCAAAGCUUGGUAUGAUGUUCUCGAAGAAUAUCACCAUUGUGUACGUGUUUGUGGCCGGUGUUGGAGUGGGCCGCUGUUUUUUGAGCAUGCUAUUGCCUAUGGUGUUUGGAGAUUUGUGCCCUGAGAAGUUCUCAGCUGUUAUGGGAAUAGGCCUAGUCUUCAUGGGACUAAUAGCUUUGGCUUUCGGUCCUUUAGUCGGAUUGAUCCGAGACUUCACUGACAGCUACGUCAUCACAUUUCACAUCUUGAUAGGAGUUAAUAUAGUUUGUAUGAUUGUUUGGUCUGCACAGCUGGUACAUUGUGCGAUGCGGAGGAGGAGAGCCAGCAAAAAAUAGCGUUUGUUUUAAUCCCAGAAAGGUGGUGACCAAGCUUAUGGUCCGCCUGAUGGCAAGCGGCGAUUGCAAAAAUAUCACUCGUGCCGUCGCCUACCCUAACCCCAUCCCCUACCCCAUGGAGCCCUAGAACUUUACUCAUCGACAGAAACACAGCAUCACCAAAAGAUAGUGUUAUUUUACUAUGGGUUUCUGUGAGGUUUAGGAUCCUUCCCAGGCGCUCCAAUUCUUGCGAGGAUUCCGCGAUGUACUACCUCUCUUAAUAUAGCGAUCACUUAUUCGAAUGUUUUAGACUCCUAUUUCUAUUAAUAACUCCACUUCGGGAAAAGGCUGUCAAUUCCAAAGUUGUCAAAAAUAUUUAAAUUCAAGUAAUAUUAUG